AUGUCCGGCCAUCCCCCGCCUCCCGCAUGCGCCGCCGGCAGGGAAGGGCGGGAGCGGCGGGAGGAGCCCGGGAAGGGGCGUGUGGAGGAGAGACCCCUGCGGCCACUGCAGCGGGGCGCGGCGCGACCGUCCGGGCAGGAGAGCGGCUUCCCACCCCCGGCACGGGUUGGCGUGCCGCUGCUGCCGCUCGGGAAUGGUUUGCUCUCUCCGCAGCUCGGCCAGCGCUGCAUCAGAUUGUUUGGGAACAAACAAACAGCGGGGCUGCCGGCUACCAGGAUAAAGUUCUUGAAAAGGCGUCAUUGCAAGAAGACUGACAGUGCUCACAGGAGCCCCAGUUACAGCCAGUCACUGAUUCGAUUCCUGCCUGAGUGCCUUAGAACAUUUUCAGGAAUGGAAGAAGAUAAAGGGCAAGGUGCUAAAGCUACCAGUGGAGUGGGUGACCUGAGGAAAAGCUGGCAGACCUGGGCAGAGGAUCACAUUGAGUAUCAGAGGAAGAAUCCGUUCAGCAGCGACGACAGGCUUGCGGCUAAAGCAGCGCACACUCACAGAGGAGACCCUUCCUAUGGCAGACCCCCUGAAGGGUCUCGGACAGAGCAGAGAGGGAAAGAUGCUCACUCACACGUGGGUAAGGAAGUAGAAGAGCUGUGCUCGAUCAUCAGAAAAACUGGAGAGGUGGGAGAAGAUGGACACGUGAGUGUGACAUUUGGGCAGCUGUUUGAAACAUAUGUGACUAUUUCCAAUAAGGUAGUGGGAAUCUUGCUAAGAGCCAGAAAACAUGGUCUGGUUCAUUUUGAAGGUGAAAUGCUUUGGCAAGGAAAAGAUGAUGAUGUGGUCAUCACUUUACUACAAUAAGGUUUUGUCCUGGGAUGAACUUUGCUGCAUGGUUCCGUUUGGAAAAUCUAGAUACCAUCUUCACAGGUUUUGCUUACAGAAUCUCAACUCAGCUACCUACUGGGACACAAGCAGGAGAGGAAAUGGGCGAGAAGGAUAAAGCUUAUUUUUGUAAAAAUGUUAGAGAUUUGGUCAGAAAUCACAGAUUAUGAGCUACUCCAUCACGCUGACAUUGGAUUGUCUUUAUUAUCAUCUACUACUAAGUAUAUGAGAGUUCUUCAAAUAACUCUGCUGGCCUACUGCUUUUAGAUUACUGAAAGUAAAAUUAUUACUUGCUUCCUACAACACUGAUUCCUGCAGGUUAUGAAAUACUUAGUGCAUGGGAGAAUGGAAUUUGUAAAAUGUGGAAUUGAAAACUCUUGUGGGAAUUCAUAUAUUUCUUCAAACAAAGAGCCUGGUACAUAGCAAAAGUUUAGGGUCAAUCUCACAUGGUUAAACUGAAUAAAUGGAAGUUAUUUUCAUGAAGUAGAUGGAAAUUCCUAAACUUAGAAAAAUACCAUAGCAGGGAUAAUUGAUGAUUCCU